CCUGUCCGCUCAUGAUACGUAGAAAUGGUUUCGCUGUGUCCCCAAAGUUGACGAAAGACGACACGGUAUUCAAUCAAGGUGCCAUCCUGGAGAUAGGUAUUGACGCCCUUUUCUACGGCUUUCACGCUGCACUAUUCGUCGCCGCCAUGGCUGCUUUGGCACGCCAGAAGCACCGCUCGCGUCUCGUCACAGCGGUCGUCAUCUCGCUCUUCAUCUCGUCGACAGUCGAAGUCGUUCUGGGCAACAUAUUCUAUCUCAUUCAAGCACCUCUGCUAUCUAUUUCAGAGCGAAUCGGCCGCAUAUUGCUUGCUUUGGAUGUUACUGUCCAGAUUUGCAUACGCUUUAACCUGCUCGUUUGCGACGCUAUCGUCGUAUGGCGAGCAUGGGCACUAUGGCAAGACAAUCGUGUCGCCAAGAUCAUCUUGUCGCUAUGCAUGGCCAGCAGUGUGGUCGGUGUUCUCGCGCACUUGAUCUGGUAUGCUUUGGCUUACUUGGACGACACGGCACCAAUAUUGAGCUUGCUGAUGGUCACGAUACCUCUGCUCCUCACAAACCUGGUUGCGACGAUUUUAGUAGGCCUUCAGGUUUGGUAUUACCGCCGCAACAUCAGAAGCGUUGCCAGCCCUUGGCGAAAGAAAACCCGAGUCGAAAAGGUUCUUGUCCUGCUUCUUGAGUCGGGCUUUGUAUAUAGCUUGCUUUGGAUCGUAAGCCUCGCUCUCGAAGUGGACGGAAGUUCAGAUGAAACACGCGCGGCGUACUACAUGGCAGCGAGCAACGCGUACCAGAGCUUCGCUGGAAUUUACCCCACCCUUAUUGUCAUCAUCGUCGCUGUGCAGCGUUCCACGACGGAAUCCCUCGUUUUGAGCACUCAGGUAUCGCACCCGAUGGAGUUCGCAAACACGAACGAGAGGACCGAAAACCCGACGAGCGGCGCGACCCUCAGAACAUCUGCUGGCGAGCGAGGUAGCGAAUAGACAUCACUUCACGUUUGGCGGCACUCUCGCUGGAAGGCGCUUGAGGGCCUCAGCAUUGCGGAUCGCCAUGAAACGCUCGGCCGCUGCCUCCCUAGCGAUGAGCAGGCAAACCUCACAUCGUAUGCGGUUCUUGGCUGCAAAGGGCUCGUAUAGUAGGUCGGACGAUUCAGUCAGCAUGUCAGAGAUUUCUCCUGCCAAUUGAACAUUGCCAUGAUUGCACUUCAACC